GUGUUCUUGAGUACAUCUAUUCUGGGAAGCUGCUGUGUUCAGUCAAAAGCAAAGACAGAAUUUUAAGUAUUCUAAAAGAAUUUGAUAUUUUCGUGCCUGAUGAUCUACAGAAUUCAGUAGACUGUGGAAGAAAUGGAAGUAGUGAGGCAGAAGGGGAAAUAAUAUUUGAAGAAGCCAUUGCAAGUGAACCAAAAACUACUAAAGAUCCCACAAACAUUUCAGAGGAUAAAUCUCCCUUUGCAACUUCUGCCGAUGUUCGUGUAGUAAAUAGUGGAGAACUAAUUUUACGAGAACCCAAUAUUUCAAGCUCCAAUGAAGAUCCCUUCCAGUAUGAAGAAAAGCUUCCAGAAAAAUUCUCAAACAGUCAUAAGAUGUAUAGCAACAAAAGUAAAACUCAUUGUGGAUCAAAAAUGGCUAUUCUGAAUUCAAGCACCAAUGUUACUGAAACCAUUGUUGAACCGGAAAUCUCCAGACAUAAAGAUCCGGUCUUCACCGUAGUCACCAACCAACCCACUUCGCUGGAAGAAACGCUUGAAAGUAUCGUAUGGUCAGAGAUUGUAGCGGUUGAACCUCAAGAUAACCCAUCGCUAAGUAAUUGUGAUGUGCAUAGAAGUAGUGUAGAAGAUGAAUGGACUAUUCAGCAAAUACCGGAUAGGCAGACCGUUACGCUGCAGUUCCCUGCCCAGAUUCUUGGCAGUACGACUUUGAGCGCACUAAAAAAGGGAAAAAGAAGAAAAUUACAUUUGUUGAGGAAGAGACUGAAGACAGUGACCAAGAUCCCGAAGAUCAAGACCAAGAAGAUUCUCUUGGUUACGAAGAAAAUGAUGAAGUCAAAAGUAAAUCAGCAGUACAAACAUCUAACCAGUCUGACGAUCAAAGUAAUGGUUUUGAACCUCCGCUCAACUUUGAAGUAGCUGCAAAAAAGCUGGAUUCGUGUUUAGAUCAAAGUACAUCUACCCUAAGAUCGGAUGUGAAGCCUAGUUUGAAAGGAAUCGGAUGUUCUAGUUCACUUGAGGAUCUCACUCCAAACCUGGACGUGAGUGAUAGUGCUGAAGAAGAAGAAGAUAUUAUUCCUAAGUUGAAGUGCACACAAAACAAUGAAACCUCAAACGUCGAAGAACUAUUGGCCCUCUGCUCGGGAAAAUUCCCUGAUUCACUGACUUUCUGGAAGAGACACGCAAAUAAGUAGUUUGACUGAAAAUGCAGAUGACGAAUCUGAUGAAGAAGUUAAGCCGUUCGCAAGAAUAAUUCCAAUGGCUGAUGAGGAUGACGAGGAAGAUGGCUCCAGUAGUGCUCUCCCAAAAUUCGUUUCUGAAAAUGACGCUGAUGAACCUGGAACUGUGCCUUCUUUUUUAGAGGAUGGAGAAAAAUCACUGUCAAAGGUGAAAAAAAGGGCCCGUGUUUGUCUGUCAGAUGACGAAGAUGAAACUAUCGAUGAAAACCAUUCGUUUGUCGAAGAAGAGGGAAUGCAUGAAGAGGAACGAGAAUUUAGAGGUCUGACUGAGUUUUUUGAAGACGAGGCUGAACUGUCCGGUUCCGAAGUUGGCAGCGGUGACGAACGAGAAGACGAAAUGGAUGACUGGGAGGAGGAGGAAGGCGAUAAGGAGGAUAUUGAUGAAAACGAAGUUCGUGAGCAAGUUGGAAGAGCCCAUAUGAAGACAAUGCUUGAUCAAGACCAGCGUGAAGUUCGACUUUUUCAAGAGCUUUUUCUCGAAGAUGGAGAUUUGCAUUCUGAUGGCGGUGGAAGGCAAAGACAAUUUCGGUGGAAACAGGCUGAUGGUGAAAAUACUGAGGGAGACGGUGCCCGUCCAAAAAAUCAAGAAGAUGAAGAAGAUGAAGCUGCUGAAGAACAGGAUGAUCUCACAUGGAGAAAAAUUCAUCCAAUAAUCGUACACAGAAAUCCAAAAGUCGCAACAGGAAACGAAUAAAGAAGUGCCAUUGGUUAUGAGCCGGCAAACUAAAAUGGUGAAAAUCAACACUGCUUCCAAAACCAUUAAUCAAAUUACAGAAGGCGAUUCCUCCGCUGCUACUGCCAACGCCAAGCAGUCAACGCAUUCUAAGGCGAACAUUGUGACCACUGUGAGAUGCGGAUCUUUUUUACGCAGAAGU